AUGGGACUCUCAGCGAAGUCCAACGCCAAAGCCAAGAACAGCAGCAGCAGCGAGAACUGGGGUAUGGGUCUCCUCCUAGUCUUCUUCCCCGAGGAUAACCACGACUCCAUUGUUGAAAAAAACAAGCUUUUCUCCUCGUCCUCGCCACCUUCUUCUUCUUCUUCUUCCUCUUCUUCAUUGAAAUCCAGCAUUAGGAGAAGCAGCACUUCCAACCUUAUCCUCUCCAAAGCCCAAUCCACCAUCUCCAUCUGUGCCCUUUUCAUCUUCAUCACCCUCCUCCUCUUCACUCUUUCCACCUUCGAGCCCACCCCCAUUAAUAGAACCCAUCCAACCUCCCCACGAAGAUUCUUGUCCCAAAAACCUCCACCGAAUUACAUCUACAACCCCAAGCCCAAACCCAAAACCAAUAAUAACCACAAUUCUGAACCCCGUUCCUCAUGGUUCUGGAAGAUAUUUACGGAAAAGUCAAACAAUGCAUCAAAGACAUCAAAGACUGCUCUUUCACCAACUGCGCUACAAGGAAUGGGAACUCUGUAUAGGCGAGGUACCAAAGCAAUGAAUGAUCUUGUUGUUGCUCAUGUGUUGGAGGAUGCCACAGAGGACGACUUCCGAUUGUUUUCGAGAGCCUUGCAUAGGUCUGGCCUCACAGCUCGAGCCGACAUAGUUUUCAUAUUUGCUACUUCGUCGUUUUCUUCCAGAUUUGGUUCCAUUGUUCAAGAAGAAAAUGACUCGUUUUUUAAGCUAAUUCGCCAUUAUAAGAAAUCGAACAGUACUACUUCAAAGCGGGUGACGGGUUUUGACGUGACUCGUUUUACGAAGGCUGGAAAGAAAGAGAAGAAGGCAAUGGGCGGGGAGCCCAUAUGGGGUAAGAGAAUUAGGAGCAAUUUCAGUAACUCGGCUGGUGAGGAAGGGGAAGCUGUGUCAGCCGAACUGAGUUAUGGAUCGGUUGUGGGGUUCGAAUCUUCCGAGCUUGACCCGGAGAACUCGCUUUCCGGGUUUCUGGACAAAGUUCCGAUGAGUUUGAGAAGAUGGGCCUGUUAUCCAAUGCUACUCGGCCGACUUCGGCGGAAUUUCAAGCAUGUCAUGCUGGCGGACGUGAGGAAUUCGGUUGUACUAGGUGACCCACUCAGCCGAGUCAGAAACAGAAGUCCCUUAACAGUUCAUUUAUCAACCAAGUCAGAGAGUUCUUCCAGCAGGCAUGGCAAGAAGAACUCGGACAAAACUCAGUCCCAUCGUCCAGUCAACUCGGCCGUCAUAAUGGGUGGAACUCGAGGAGUUCGUCGAUUGUCGAAUGCCAUGUUAACCGAAAUUGUUCGAGCUUCAAUGCAACACAAGAAGAAGAACUCGGUUUCCGAAUCGUCAAUCCUGAGUCAACUCGUUGCCAGUGAGUUUAUAUCAAAGACCAUCACUUUUAUUACAUCCCCCGAGUCGAUUCCGGAUAUGAGUUCACUCGCCUAUCUAAACUCAGCUCCUCCCAUGUCAUCGUCAGAUUACCCUGUAAUCCAACGCGGUAAUAGUAAUCAUGAUUAUAGUUCUGUCUUUAGGAAGUUAAUAUGUUUAUCUGAAGUGGAUUCUUCUGUCUAUAGGGAUUGUUAA